AUGGCAGUGUUGAAAGACUUACAUUCAGCCACUCCACUGGGCAAAGGGCAAAGGGCCUGCUUUUCCUGCCAGUGUAGCAGAAGUCUGCGAGCUUUUGAUGCCCUUCACAAGCUUCUGCUGCAGAUAAACUUUGGUUUUCCUGACACCACCCCAGUAAUUUUGCCCUGCCGCAUCAGCUUUUCUUUGCUGUUUUCUUCUCCAGAGCUGCUUCCUGCUGGACCCCAUUUACCUCUUCCACGACUAAGGAAACUGGCAGGAUGCACUCUCUUCAUCACAGGCGCAAGCCGGGGCAUUGGCAAGGCCAUUGCUUUGAAAGCUGCCAAGGAUGGUGCCAACAUUGUGAUAGCUGCCAAGACAGCUGAGCCCCAUCCUACUCUUCCAGGGACUAUUUAUACUGCUGCAGAAGAAAUUGAAGCAGCUGGAGGAAAGGCUUUGCCAUGCGUUGUUAAUGUGAGGGAAGAACAGCAAAUCAUUAAUGCUGUGGAGAAAGCUGUGAAGACUUUUGGAGGGAUUGAUAUUUUGGUGAAUAAUGCAAGCGCCAUCUCUUUGACGGGCACUUUGGAAACAGCAACGAAGAAGGUCAAUCUUAUGAUGGAUGUCAAUGUACGAGGAACCUAUCUUACGUCUAAAGCAUGCCUUCCCCACUUGAGGAAGAGUAAGAACCCCCAUAUCCUGAACCUUAGCCCACCUAUGAAUCUGAAUCCUAUGUGGUUCAAAAAUCAUUGUGCUUAUACCAUUUCUAAAUAUGGGAUGUCCAUGUGUGUCUUGGGAAUGGCAGAAGAAUUUAGAGGAGAAGUUGCUGUCAAUGCUUUAUGGCCUAAAACAGCCAUACAUACAGCUGCUAUGGAUAUGCUGGGAGGAGCUGGAAUAGAAAAACAGUGCAGGAAAACGGACAUCCUGGCAGAUGCUGCAUAUUGCAUUUUGACAAAACCGAAAACUUUCACUGGGAACUUCAUUAUUGAUGAAGUUCUGCUGAGAGAAGAAGGAGUUAAGGAUUUUGAUGUUUAUGCAAUUGCACCAGGCCACCCUCUGAUGCCUGACUUUUUCUUAGAUGUUGAAAUUGACACUACAGCUAUGAAGCAAGAAAGAUACGGUGCUGCCCAGGAGAAGAAAUUAAGCGGAUCCCAGCAGGAAGGAGCCGAUGGAGCCAAGGUUAAGACAGAAUCUGCUGCAGCCGAACCAUCGGGUCCUGUUGCAGAGACAUUCCGAGUUAUUCAAGGGGCAAUGACUGAAGAGUAUGUGAGAAGUACCCAGGGUGUCUUCCAGUUUGAGCUGUCUGGUGACGGCGGAGGCACUUGGUACAUCGACCUGAAGAGCAAGGGUGGGAGCGCUGGCUUCGGAAAGCCUCCAGUGACAGCUGACGUGGUUAUGAGCAUGUCGAGUGCCGACUUUGUGAAAAUGUUCACAGGUAAACUAAAGCCAACUCUGGCCUUCAUGUCUGGAAAAUUAAGGAUUAAAGGAAACAUGGCACUAGCAAUAAAGCUUGAGAAGAUGCUUUCACAGCUUAGUUCUAAACUGUGAGAGGAAGCCCGUACUAGCACAACAGUGGCCUUACAUAUAUGCAAUGCUGUUUUAAAUUUUUAGUCCUUGUUUUUCUGAUGCAGUAUAAGAAAUACAAAUGAAAUGUGAGAUUUUUAUAGAAGAAAUAACUCACUUUUAUUAAGAAGGUGUCCAUGAUUAAACUAAUUCCUUCUCAAGAGUACACUUAG